UUGAAAACGACUUCUACGUGUGUAUUUAGAAAUUCGCAAUGGUGUCCGAACAUUGUUUAAACUUGUGUACCCAAUCUCAACGAUCCUUCCUUGGUUCUCACUUGUUGUUACUCAAGUUUUUCAAGGCUGCUAAUAGGGGUACCACAUUGCUUGGGGGUGUACCAAUGUAUAUUUUAUCCUAUACAUAUUGGUACACCUUCAAAUAACUUGGUACCCCUGUUAGCAGUCUUGAAGUUUUUUGCUGUUUGAGCUCAAAAGAACAUAUAUACAAUAAUUGAAGACAAACAGACAACAAAUUGCAUUCCCAAUCCUUUUCGGAUAUCAUAUCCAGUAUGUGGAAUCGUGACUUAUUUUUCGUAGUUCGUUUUUUUCUUGUUCCUUCGAAGGAACAAAGACUUCCCUUACGGAGAAAUCUUUGAAGUAUUGUGAGAACCAGAAGAUUAGACUAGCGACUUUCCCAAUUAUUAGACAUCCAUACCAAUUACCCAGAUUUACUCCAACGGGUAUGGGUAUGUUGGACAAGGUCAUUCAGUGCACUGCUCACCUAAAAAAUCGACUAAAAAUAUUCACACGUCCGUAGAAUACCAGUUUUAGUCGAGAUAUUCCCGCAUGAAUAUAUUAUCUCCUAUCAAUCCUUAUCCCCCUCAAAACCCUAGCUAAUAUGGUCAAAACCCUAACAUAUUAGGACAAUGAGGACCAACAAAUUCCUGUGCAACUGAUCCAAAAGCAUUCACAAUGAGCAUAUCGUUUGGAAUUGUCAUUUUUUUUAAGUCUGAAUAUUUAAGGCUUAAUGCACGUUAUUGAAAUUUAACUCAAUUGCCUUCAUAUUAUUAUUAUUAUUAUUCAUCAUGAAUUAUUCUAAAAUACUCAAAUUAUCCAUUAUACUCAACCGUUUGAACUGGUACAAAAGAGUUCCAAUCAUUGACUAGUCGUACACAUAACGUUUAAGUAUUCUUCCACUAUAACGUGGGGAAAGGUCAUGAUUUUUUUAACAACCCGAUCAUCCUACCAGUUGUGGUUGUACCAUGACGAAAUCUCACCACCACCACCACCACCACCACCUUCUCCACUUCCUCUUUAUCAUCACAAACUUCUUUGAUUUCUCCGGUGCUGAUGUCGGAACUGCAACCAGAUACAGUCCCCCAUAUCUACCUACAGCUUGUUACAGUACUGACGUGAGUCAGUUUCCUGCAAACAAUCAAUUUGCAUCCGCUGGUGAAGGCAUUUGGGAUAAUGGAGCUUCAUGUGGAAGACAAUAUCUCGUGAGAUGUAUAAGUGCUUCAGCGCAAGGAUUUUGUAUACUUGGUGUUACGAUUGCGGUUACUAUUGUUGACCGAGGAGUUAGUUCGAUUUCAUACCCUAUUGUUGCAAAUACAACGAUGACUCUAUCCGCUGCUACGUUCGCGAUGAUUGGGGAUGCAUCUGCUUCUGAAAUCAACAUAGAAUUCCAACAGAUUUAAUCUGAAAAUGGUGACUAGAGAAAGAGCAGGAGUGUUUGGGUUGCAUUGUAUGUAAAGUUGUAACACAAAAACUUCAGAAUCAAAUCAAGAACAAUUCUUUCGCUUCAUUUCAACUCUAAGUCCCUUUGAACUUGGUGUAGUAUGGAAGUACAAGAUCUCAAUAAAAUAAUAAUUCAAAAGCCAUUAGCA